AUGGAUCAAGAUCUGUUGGCCGCCGCCGCUGCCGCCGCCGAAGCCUAUACACCACCAAGUAACAUGCAACCGGAAUUACCAGUCUCAACUUUAUCUGGUCACUUCACCAACUCGUCAACACCAUCGACAGAUCAGAAUACUCCAGUGAUGACCGUGAGACAAAAGACUGUGGAAGUGACCACGGUAACGGCCAAAGCUGAUUCGGCUGCUGAAGCUAAUUUGGAUGCGGCACUUGCUUCGGCCGAGAAAGCGGCCGGUUACGAAAGCAGCGAUAUUGAUAUGUCCUCUUCAGACGAGAACAGUAGCGAAAGUGAGUCAGAGGGCGACAAGAACGACGACAUUGCUAGAUCGGAAGCUGCCGUGGACCAAGACGACUUGGAUGACGACGACAUCGAAGAGAGCUUCAAGGGGGAAACACUUCGCACCGAGCAUGAAAUCACUGAUAUUCCUAUUGAACGCCCUGUAUUCGAAAUUACGCCUUCUACCGUGACGGAGUAUGUGGGAGAUAUCCAUCAGAUCAUCGACAAUGUGAUUGUGGUGCAAAGUCGCCCUACUUCUCGCGCUGUUCUCGAUAUGGGUAGUCUGUUUUUGUACGAUAACAAGGAAAUUAUGGGCGAAGUCUUUGAAACGUUUGGCCCUGUGGAUCGACCUUUUUAUUCGGUUCGAUUUAAUACACCUGAAGAAAUGGAUGCCGAGUUUUCCAAAACUGGCAAUCGAGUGCUGUAUGUCCCUUCGUACCACGGCACCAAAUGGGUCGAAACCGAGAAAUUGAAGCAAAUCAAGGGAACCGAUGCCAGUAAUCGAUAUGAUGAAGAAAUCUCGGAGAGUGAAAUGGAAUUCUCGGAUGAUGAAAAGGAACAGAUGUACAAACGCCGAAAGAGACAACUGAAAAAGGGCGUGAGCAAACGACCGCGUAAUGCUCCGGCGUCAGCAAAGAAGAGGGUAAUACCCGCCGGUAACGACUUUGAUUCUGAACUGUCUGCUUAUGAAAGCAGUCUUCCUGGGCGUUCCAUUCAAAGCUACGCAGACAUCUAUGGAGCAGAUGUAUCAACAGCGCCAGCACCGGCACCGGCACCGGCACCAGUUCCAGCUCCAGCUCCAGCAGCGCCUGUCGUUUCAAGAUUUGUCGAUACUACUCCGGCGUCCGUAUACCAAGCGUCCCCAGCGCCACAGAACAUAUCUUAUAGAAGUCCAUCGGACAUUGUGUCUGCACUUUUCGGUUCUGCCGACACGACCGUGCUUGUCAAUGCAAAUCAAUCAGCUCAGCCAUCACGACCGCAACCAGAAACAGUCCCAUCACAAUCAACCCCACAAACAGAACCUGCGCAGCCGCAGCAGCCGCAGCAGCAAACCAAAUCUUGGUCACAGUCCGCAUUUCAGAAAAUUCGGUCCUUAUUUGCAGCACCACCUCCGCCAUCUUCUGACGAUUAA